AUGACUGAUUUUGAGGAGCACUCUGCUGACCAAGUCAGAGAGUUCCUGCUCAAGCCACGGUGGCUCAGCCAUGGAAAGAGAAAAUUCUGUGUUGAGAAAAAUGGCCCCCAAGUGGCCAGAGUCAUUUUGAUGGUGGCAAAGCCUGGGCACCAAGGAGCCCACAGAGGCCGAACCAAAGAGCCCAAAGCAGAAGAUGCCAAGGCGUUGUCGCCGCUGCUGCCCAGACAGUUUCAUCACCUGUUUCCCCAGGGUGCUGAAGCAGGUCUUCACGAGGGCCUGGACAUCUUCGAGCCCAUCGCCGAGGAGGCUGCACCCCUGGCCAGCUCCACCAAGCGCUCCACCAUCACCUUCAGAGAGAUCCAGACCUCCGUGCCCCUGCUGCUGCCCAGGGAGAUUGGCAAGCACGCCACGUCCUAG